AUGGAUCCAUUUACUGAGAAACUUCUCGAGCGCACACGCGCUCGCAGAGAAAAUCUCCAGAAAAAGAUGGCAGAGAGACCAACAGCAGCCAACAGACAAAUGGCCAAGAGGAACAGAGAGCCACUGACAGAGUCCAACAGCGUGCUCUGUGAGCCACCUGCAGUACAAGUGCUCCCUUCCUCCAAACCAUCUCCUUCCAAGCGUCGCUGCUCAGAUGAAAAUGCCCUCAUCAGUGGGGAGGAAAACAAGGAGCCAGCAGCCCCUCACUCGAUGGCCACAGAGCCUGUUACAGACAAGAAACCUCCUGUGGCCCCCACCAGUGUCCGCUCUGUCCCUCCCCCUGCUGUCGCUGUCCGGUCCGCCCCAGAGCCAGAGAAAAUGGAGCUACAUCCACAGAAGGAAGAGGGGAGCAAGGAGAAGACGAUUAAGCCGUCAGCGAUGGAGAACAGCAGAGAGAUCCUGACCGAAACGGCCUCUGCAAGCCCCUCAGGCUUCAGGUCUCGUUUACAGAGACUGGCUGAACAGAGGCAGUGCUGGGACUCUGCAGGUGUCUCUGAUACAGGCACAUCCAGCGACCAUGUCUCCCCUUUGAAGUCCCAAGUGGUAGAAGUAGCCUCAAUCCCUGCUCCCACAUCCUCAGGAACCCCAAUUGGCAGGAAGGGAAGGCUGGCAAACCUCGCUGCGACGAUUGGAUCUUGGGAGGAUGACCUCGGACACCCAUCUUCCCGCCGAGACAAUGCACAAGGAAAGCCUGGCACCGCCUGUGUGCCCCCACCGGUCCGUGCAGCUGCGAGCAUCAGUGCAAAAGCCUGCCCUACGGUGCAGCAUCAGCCAGAAAAGGCUCCCAUGAGCAAGCCUGCGCCUCUCUCUCAUCAGGCUCCUGUACAUUCUCCGGUCAAGUCAGCCAGAGUAAUUCCACCCAGUCCACAGAAGACUGAGGUGCCCGAGCCCAAACCAGUUCAACAGAGGAGAGAGGUACCGCCUUCACCUGCAUCCAGUCCCCUGAAGAACUAUUCCUCUGCCCAGCCCACUCCACGCUCCGCAGUACCCUCCAGUCCUCAGAAGGCCCCAAUUUCCCAAAGUCCUUUAAAGAAACAUUCUGAAUCCAGAGAACUGGACUCUGGAAUAGGAUUUGAAUCAAGCCCUCAAAAAUCCCACCUUCCCUCCAAGCCCUCCUCUGCUGCUCUUGUGACACAGACCCGGGACAGAUUUGCAAAAGAAGUAACACCCCUGCAAUCCCGGGGUCCAGCUGGUACUCCUGGUGUCAAGUCUUUCCUGGAGCGUUUUGGUGAGCGGUGUCAGGAACGACACCAGAGCUCCCCCUCUGCUGGAGCAGGCCAGAGCUGUACCCCUACCGUCACCCCCAGAGCCACCCCAAAUGCCAGGCUCGUUCAAGAGAGGUUGAUGGGUACUCAAUCAACCACUGCCACCGCCGAUCUCACCCAGAGGCAAAAAAUGGAGCGAGAGGCAGAGCUGGCGCAGGUUCGCAGCCGAUUUCAAAGGGGCAACAUGUGGAAAAACAAAGAGGAGACUGUGCAAGUCAAGAAUGAGCCAGAGACUAAGGUUUCAGUUCAAAUCAAAUCCCAACGGCAGAGUUCUAUGCCUGUGGUUGACAACACACCCUCAGCACCUGCCUCAGAAAUUCCCAGCAUUCCAGAGCCUAGUACAGAUGAAAUAUCUAAAAUGGAACCUGCUGAAACCUCAAGCCCUCUGAAGAAAGCUGGGCUCUCUGCUGAGAUGCUUGUAAAGGAGGAGACAUAUGAAGCAAAAGAAGAUCUAGCAGAGGAGGUGUAUGAAGUGGAGAUGAAUGUGGAUGGCUCCAUUAACUCAGAGGUCAUCAACAACCUGUUUGAAGAUGCUCUAGGGGAUGAAGAAGAGCCCAGUACAAGAGAAGAGGAGGAGGAUGAUGAUGAAGAUGCCUUGAACAUCUCCUCUAUGUCUCUUCUCACUCCACUGGCAGAGACUGUUGCUGCUGUUGUCAAAAGCCCAGAGAGGAAAAUUAUGACAUCAACCCCAGCAAGCUCCUUUAAUGAGAAGAGUGCAACCCCUGAUGGAAUCUCCAGGAGCAGUAAGUUUCAGAGGGCCAGGGUGCUGCGAGCGGGUUCAUCAGAGAGCAUCUCAACUAUCGACGAAGAGCAAAAUCUGCCCUACAGUAUUGAUGCGUACAGAUCGACUAGACUGAAGGAGACGGAAAGGCCACACGUCAAGCAGGUGAUUGUACGCAAGGAGGAUGUAUCUCAGAGAAUGGAGGACCCCAGGAAUCCCAGUCACAUCAGCAUUAAACAGAGGAUGAAGUUUUUGACAAACGAGAUGAACCUGCAGCAGACUGUGAUCCACCAGGCCAGUCAGGCAUUGAACUGCUGCACGGAUGAGGAGCACGGCAAGGGUUCUCAGGUGGAGGCUGAAGCCGAGAGACUCCUUCUCAUUGCCACCGAGAGGAGGGUCGCCUUGAAGGCAGAGUUGGAUCGUCUGAAAGGAGAGGGUCCAGCAGGUCAGAAGAAAGACCCACCUAAAGUUGAGGAGGAUGUGGGCGUUUCUCCCUCCAAAGGCUCCAUCACACUCCUGGAGCUCCGGCUGCCGCUCAAGGCUGACUUUGUUUGCUCUACUGCGAACAAGCCAGAGUCUGGGAACCAUUACUUCUUUGUCAUGAUUCGAGCUGGGGCUGAGAACACUGUGGCUACUCCUCUAGCCAACACUCGCAAUGCCCUUAGUGGGGAUGCCCUGACCUUCUCUACCAAGUUCACACUGUCAGACGUCUCCAAUGACUUUGAAAUCGAUAUUGAGGUCUAUUAUCUGGUUCAGAAGCGUGAAUUAAACCCUGAGAAGAGAAAGAAACCCAACAAAUCAAAGGCUAUCACUCCAAAGAGAUUCCUUGCCAUCACCAAGAGCAACCUCCAAACACCUGUCAUGGCCAGCCCUGGGGGUCCAAAUGCAGUUCGCAGCAGUAGCUUCGUGCUUGUUGGUUCACACAAAUUAACCUUGGCCUCCAUUGGGAAGACUAAAUUUCCCUUGGAAAAGGUGCCUUUCCUCUGCCCUCUGGAAGGCCACAUCUACCUGAAAAUGCAGUGUGAGGUGGGCUCUCGCGUGGAGGAAAGGGGCUUUCUGACAAUGUUUGAAGAUGUCAGUGGAUUUGGGGCGUGGCACAGGAGGUGGUGUGUCCUCUCGGGCUACUGCAUCUCCUACUGGACCUAUCCCGACGACGAGAAACGCAAAAAUCCAAUUGGUCGCAUCAAUCUGGCGAACUGCACCAGCCGUAAGGUUGAACCGGCCAAUCGAGAGUUCUGCGCCCGACCCAACACCUUUGAGCUGAUCACAGUGAGACCCCAGAGAGAGGAUGACAAAGAGACUCUGGUUAGCCAGUGUAUGAACACCAUGUGUGUCACAAAGAAUUGGUUGAGCGCUGACACAAAGGCAGAGAGGAACCUAUGGAUGCAAAAACUCAAUCAAAUUCUUGUGGAUCUGCGUAUGUGGCAGCCAGAUUCCUGCUACAGACCUUUGUGA